CAAUUUGAUGACGUGUUUAGCGUCGGUGACCGUGACUGUCUGACAUGUUACAGAGAAACAGAGUGUGUUGACGGUGAAAUGAUGAAUCUGUCCGGUUUGAUCCACAGUCUCAGAUGUUCUUUACUGCGGAUUGAGAGCAGACUGUUACCGGCAGGUCUGGACCUUAAGCCGGCUCCAGCUCUGGCCCUGAACGGUCCCAGUCUCCUGCCUCAGAUCCACCAGGACCAGGACCUGAACCUAGAAGACCAGCAGAUCUCGGACCAGCCCUCCAGGGUCUUGGACGGGCUCCUGUGGAUGGCGGCUCCCAAGAAGAGACGGACUAUAGAGGUGAACCGGACCCGGAGGAGAGCCGACAGUAAACUCCUGGAGGUCAAGAACAACAUCGAACCGUGUCCAGAAUGUGGACAUUUGAAGCAGAAACAUGUUCUGUGUGGGUUCUGUUACACCAAGGUGUGUAAGGAAACGGCUGCGAUCCGAGCCCAGAUGAAGGCCAUGGAGGGCGGUCCGUUGAACGCCCCUGCCGUGGAGACGCUGGUUCUGUACGAGGGCGAAACCCCGACCCCUCAGGACCAGGACAGGAGGAUAGUGGAGCGGCCCAGGAAGCGUCCAGCCUGGUUCAGCCCGUGAUGAGGCGUUCACUGACUGACCGACCCAGGGGAUUUAAGAUCAGCUCAAACCAGGGGUUGGAUCCAGAACCCAGUUAUGGACAAUGACCUCAUCCAGAACUACAACAUCCAUGAUCCAAAACUACAACAUCCAUGACCUAGAACUACAACAUCCUUGAUCCAAAACUAUAACAUCAAUGAUCCAAAACUACAACAUCCAUGACCCAGAACUACAACAUCCAUGAUCCAGAACUACAACAUCCAUGACCUAGAAGUACAACAUCCAUGAUCCAAAACUACAACAACCAUGAUCCAGAACUCCAACAUCCAUGAUCCAAAACUCCAACAUCCAUGAUCCAAAACUACAACAUCCAUGAUCCAAAACUACAACAUCCAUGACCCAGAACUACAACAACCAUGAUCCAGAACUCCAACAUCCAUGAUCCAGAACUACAACAUCCAUGACCCAGAACUACAACAUCCAUGAUCCAGAACUACAACAUCCAUGAUCCAGAACUACAACAUCCAUGAUCCAGAACUACAACAUCCAUGAUCCAGAACUACAACAUCCAUGACCUAGAACUACAACAUCCAUGAUCCAAAACGACAACACCGAUGAUCCAAAACGACAACCUUCACUGUUGGUUGAGGCUCAUAUUUGUCAUGUUUUUCUCAUUUGAAUCAGUUCAGUGAUCCAGAAUAAAGCCAUUAUUGAUUAAAAAAAAA